AUGCAGAUCUCCGCAGUUCUCGUCGCCCUCCUCGCCACGGCAUCGGCCAAGAACUUCCUCCCCAACAAGGGCCAGGCCGACACCACCACGCCCGCGGCCCUGCCCAGCGGCAUGCCCCACGGCGGCGCCCACCACUCUGGCGGCCCGGGUGGCUUCCCCAGCGGUGCUCCCAGCGGCUUCCCCGGCUUCCCCAGCGGUGUCCCUACCGGCAGCUUCCCCGCCGGCCCCGCGCCGACCGACUUCCCGGGCGGCUUCGCCGGCCGCGGCAAGCGCCAAGAGCCCGGCUUCUCAGGCUCGUUCGCGCUGCCCACGGGCUCGGCUCCCGCCGGCGGUAUGCCUUCCGGCGGUCCUCACGGUGGUCACGGUCACGGCGGACACCCGUCUGGCAAGCCGUCGGGCGGCCCCCCUCCUUUCCUGCCGUCUGGUGGUUUCGCUGCUGCUGCCGCCGCUAGUGGUGUGCCCUCUGGUUUCCCGAUGGGCGGACCCGGUGGCCACCACCACGGCCACGGCGGCCACUCGCACUCGGGCUCGGUGCCGCCGAAGCCCACUGCGACUGGCGCUGCUCAGUAA